AUGCGCAACCUAGCAGCUCAAGUCUCUAACUAUUUAUGCAGAAGAAGAGUUGCAAUCAAUCAACAAUCUCGUAAAUUUUCAUCUUCUAGUAGCAAAGAAGAACUAGCCUUGGAGCAUGAAGUUGAGAGAAAAUUUGGAUGGUUAUUGAAGAGUCUAUUUUUCGGCACUGCAAUUUAUGCAGGAUACCAGUUCUUUCCUUAUAUGGGGGAAAAUUUGAUGCAACAGUCGGUAUCUCUCUUGCGUGUCAAGGAUCCCUUGUUCAAAAGGAUGGGAGCUUCUAGAUUAGCCCGUUUUGCAAAAGAUGAUGAAAGCAGGAUGAAGAUAGUUGAGUUGGGUGGAGACAAAGAGCUCAUAAAUAUGUUAAGCACGGCUAAAGACGACCGUACACGGAAAGCAGCACUGAAUGCUCUGGCUGAGCUGUCGCACUCAGAUGAAGUUCUUGCAUCCUUGCAUCGUGCUGGGGCCAUUCCAAUUAUUAGGUCUGCUCCAAGUUCACUCGGGGAUGAAGAUGUUGAGAAAUUCAAGUCGAGCUUGAUCAAAAGGUUCCAAGAUCUCAAGUAUGAUAUGUCUUCAUGA